AUGGACGCAGGAGCAGGACCACACACACGCACGUAUGGUACUGGAAAAAAGUUUUCGUUAGGCGCACAGGGUAGUCAUAAUGCCCGUCGUCAUGAAUACACAGAGGCCGGGCCGCUGGCGGCUGACGGUGGAGCCACCCCAGCGCCCGGUGCGCAUUCUGGCGCUACGUCGCACCAUCGUCACGGGCCUGUGCAUGUUAUUCAUGGCUCCAUGGGCCGUAUUGCAUGUGUGGCUGACAUUCGUGGACAUGUCGCGCAGUUCAACCGCAUUGCCGCGGAGACCAAGGCUUCGGCCAUCGUGCACACGGGCGAUUUUGGUUUCUACACACGCGACAGUGUCUCGCGUAUGAGCGACCGCACGCUGGCCCAUGUUGUGCAGUACUCGCCGCUGAUCUCUGGCAAGCUUCGCUCGGUGCUCUUGGAUAGUCAUGAGCCGCGAGACGCUCGGCCCUCGCUGGGUCAGUCACGCGCGCCUUCGACGUUGCGGCAGGCGCUGGACGAGCACCCGCAAGUCACCUUGUCGGAGUUUCCCCAACUACUCACCCAGCAGCUGACAUUGGACGUACCGGUGUUUACCACGUACGGUGCCUGUGAGGACGUGGACGUGCUGGAGCGAUUGCGGUCAGGGGAGUACCAAGUGCCGAACCUGUUCCUUCUUGACGAGGCUACGACACAUGCCGUUGAGGUUGGUGGUCUGCGACUUCGUCUGCUGGGUCUGGGCGGUGCGGUGGUACCGCACAAGCUCUUUGACAGGGGCGCUGCGCAUGGCACUAUGGCCGGUGGCCAAGGUGCUAUGUGGACGACCAUGCUUCAGAUCGGCGAGUUGGUCGAGACGGCGCAGCAUGUGUACGAUCCUUCGGAGGUGCGUAUGUUGGUAUCGUACGCGUCGCCAGGUCGUGAUGGCCUUCUUGCGCAGCUGGCGCAUGCGCUGCGUGCAGAUCUGACUCUGAGUGGUGGUCUGCAUUGGCGCUAUGUGACGAGCUACAAUGACUUUGGCGUGUCCGGCUCGCUGGAGCAGUACCGUGCUCGUAUCGCGCAGGCGGCUGAAGAGUUCCAGGAGAUUUGGGACUCGGUGCGUCCGCAGGUCGAGGCAGCGAUUGAUCCCUCGCAGCGCCCGCUCCUGAGCCACGCACUGAACGUGGCGCUGCGUGUGCCGCAGCCACUGACGAUGGGCGCGUCGCGUGAUGAUGCGUUCAAGCACAUGUGGCACUGGAACCUACCGGAUGCGACGCUGGGCUCCCUGGUCUUGGACGUGUCGCAUGGCCGUAUCGGGACGGAGAUGAAGAGCGCCGGUAUGAGUUUCGCCUCGCGACGGAACCGCCUCAACGGACCUAUGCCGAAGGUGGCUUUGCCAGCCGCGCCACGUGAGCGGGCUCCUCCGUCGCAGGCUUCGUCGACGUCGACGUCUACGUCUACGUCUACGUCUACGUCUACGUCUACGUCUACGUCUACGGCCACGGCCGCGGCGCCUACCUCUUCGACGUCUACUACGCCGUCCGCGACGCAGUCGACUACGACGCUGUUCUUGGGCCACCUGGGCGAGGCGCAUCCCGUGUCCGAAGACGAUGUACGUGCGUACUUUGGCGAGUACGCCAAGACCAUUGAACAUGUCGUCUUCUUCCCGGCCGAUCGAGAUCGUCGUGCGAAGGACGACAAGGACACGCCGCGUAUGCGCAACUUUGUCCACGUCGUCUUCCAAUCGGACGUCGCUGCGACAGAGGCCUUGCAGUGCCGCGGACGUACGAUCAAAGAGACCUCGGUGGUCCCUACGUUGGAGCGAUUGGAACGCUCGCGUGCGAAGCCACGCGGCACAAAAGAGACCAACGCGGCCGCUGGCGCGUCGUCCUCGCCGACCGCGCCCGCCACGAACGCGAACGCAAAUGCAACGACCGCGAGCCACCCCGACGAAUCACGGCCUGUGUCGCAGCGGUCGCGCAGUGGACGUCGUGGCCGCGGAGGGCGUGGUCGUGGGCCUGCCUCGGCGGCCGACGAUGCGAAGCCGGCGAAGGGCAGCGACGCUUCGGGCGCCAAGUCGCAUGACGCGAAAGGGGACCGCAGCAGCGCGACGUCGACCACCGCACCGGCGGCGCCGUGA